ACGCGCAUCUGUGACAUCACGCAUUGUCAUGGCAUGCUGCUGACCAUCGAGUUUCGUCUGCCCUUUUAUGGGUAUAUAUACGUGCCAGGCGCAGAUCGAAGUCCGCACUGCAGCGUGUAUGGCCACGGAAAGCUCAAGCAGACUUUCUUUAUUCCAUUUACGUUUUGCGGAAUGAAAAGGGCUGAUGUCUAUGGAAAGUACAUCAGAGUGUGGGAUUUGUUGGUUAUCGAGUGGACACCAUAUUCACACAAGUUUAAUCUACCAAGUGUCGACUUCGAAGUGGAAUGUCAUCUACCGAUGGGAUACCCCUUAGAUUACAACCAGAAAGCGGCAUCCGAAUGUGCACGUUUCUUCAACUCGAAGAAUUUUCUGCCAGAUGUCCCCAUUGGAUGGAGCUGCCUGGAUACGAUACAAUGUCUUGGCGGAGAUGGUGCACAAUGCCAGGACGUCGGUUAUGGACAACGGACGUGUGGUUGCAUAACAGGAUACGAGGUCAUAAGAUUGGCAUACAACAGACAUACUUACGAUAAAUACGGACCACGUCAUGGCGCCUACCAAUUAGAAUGUAGGCCGGUUACAACCUCUGCCACUGUAUGUGAGGACACAUGUGCGGAGAUCACUUGCCCGGUUGGUCAAACGUGUUACUCGAAUGUUUGUGCUGGCACGUGUUUACUCGACGCAGAUUGCACGGACGCAGCUGCACCAGUGUGCUGCAAUGGUAUUUGUGUCGCAUGUCAAGAUGACGACCAUUGUACCGAUUCUGAUUUACCUGCGUGUGUUGAUGGCACGUGUGUCGCAUGUGCAACUAACACGCACUGCAGCAUGAAUGCAGCACCACCAGUAUGCUGCAACGGUGUGUGUGUCGCGUGUCAAAAUGAUGCAGAAUGUACGGCGAUUAAUGCGAACUUACCGGCCUGCACUAGCGGAACAUGUGAGCAGUGUAACAUGGAUUCGCACUGCGUCAACGUCGUUGGACUUCCUAGAUGUGUGAACAAAGUCUGCGUCGAGUGCAUCAUAGACACAGACUGUGGCGCCGGGGAAAUAUGCGACGAUAAUCUCAUGUGUGUUGUUGGUUGCACAGACGCAUCGUGCAUGGCUAUGGAUCCGAACUCAUACUGUCCGGAUGGUAUUGCAUGUGCAUGUCAUCCCAUAUUCACUGAAGUUAACGGAGUCUGUACAGCACCAGGUAAUAAUCUGUGUAACACUGCUUUGAUCCCACCUGGAUUCCCCAAUGCGGGAGAACCCCUACCCAACUGCAAACGAGGGGAUGUGAGUAAUCAGAGUUGCCAAAAAGGUGACACCAUUGGGACGUACGAGUGUAACUGCUCGAAAAAUGACGAAUGUGGGACGAAAAUCAGCUGCGCCAACGAUGGCUGUACGGGCAUACCGACACUGGAGGUUUUCUUUACGUGUACCGAAUUAUAUGUACAACCUAAUCUCAUCUACUGA